CACGGUCUCACAGGCUCAGACUUCUCAUCCCGAGCACUGGUCAUGUGACUCUUCCCAUCGGCUGGGAUUUCUCUCUCGGCAUGGCGGAGAUGAUGGAGCUUGGGCUGCUGUCUAAUACCAUUUGUUUUUCCCUGUGAGGAGGACACGGGCAUUUUUGUUGUCGGUAAAUCGUUCUGCGCCGUUCUUCUUCCCCGGUUUCGGGCCAUAAUGGCGGAGCGCGGUGUGGAUGUGUCCGCUCUCCCCCAAGAGGUCCGGGAGCAGCUCGCUGAGCUGGACCUGGAGCUGUCGGAGGGUGACAUCACACAAAAAGGAUACGAGAAGAAGAGGGCCAAGGUUUUAGCACCCUACUUGACACAAACACAAAAUUUAGCUCCGCCUCCGGCCUAUGAUGCACAGUCUCCUGGUCCAAGCUCUGCCUCCGCACCUGAACCUGGCCCUUCGAACUCGUCCUCCUCCUCUUCUCGCCACCGGCGCACACGGCAUCCACACCGGAGCAGUGGGACAAGAGAUGAACGCUACAGAUCAGAUAUACAUACUGAGGCAGUUCAGGCAGCAUUGGCCAAGCAUAAAGAGGAAAAGAUGGCACUGCCCAUGCCAACCAAACGUCGGUCCGCAUAUGUACAGUCACCAGUUGACAACUGCACCCCACCAGACUCCUCCUCUUCCUCUGAUGAUGAGGCCGUGUCGAGUGAAAGUACAGGGCCUCAGCAGUCUCCAGACACCUGGAUUAAUAGCUCUCUGCACGGCUCCUCCACCUCCUCCUCUGCCUCCUCCACUCUCUCCCAUGGGGAGUCUCGGCCCACCCAGGCUCCUCAGCCUCAGUCUCAGCAGGUCCCGCCUCCACCCACACCUGCCCACCCGCCCCACUCCCACUCCCAGCCCUCCGCCCUGGCAGAGGCCUUUGCUCAGGCACGCAUCGAUCCGGUUGGAGGAGUCGGGCCCCCUGAUGUGCCAUCCCAAGCUCAGGCGAGAGGCUCUCGUGUGGAUCUGCCUCCCAACGCCGUGGUGCGAGGCAUGAGUCGAGGCCAGAGCCGGUCCAGCAUGAUGGAGACAGCAGACGUGAGAAGAGUAGGCAGAGGUGUUCCAGUGUCCAGUCGUGUAUCCACAAAGAUUCAGCAGCUGCUAAACACGCUAAAACGACCUAAACGCCCACCACUCAGUGAGUACUUCAUGGACGACCAAGAGGAGAUUGUAGAAGUUCCUCAGGCAGAUCCUAACACCCCGAAGCCAGAAGGCCGGCAGAUAAUCCCGGUGAAGGGGGAGCCGUUGGGUGUGGUCAGUAACUGGCCUCCUGCUCUUCAGGCAGCAUUAGCUCGAUGGGGUGCAACACAAGGCAAGAGCCCCGCCCUCACAGCUCUGGAUAUCACAGGAAAACCACUUUAUACACUUACGUUUGGGAAGCUGUGGAGUCGUAGCGUAAAGCUGGCCUACACUCUCCUCAACAAGCUGGGAACCAAAAAUGAGCAGAUCCUCAAACCAGGAGACCGGGUAGCGUUGGUGUAUCCAAACAGUGACCCUGGUAUGUUCUGGGUUGCGUUUUAUGGCUGUUUGUUGGCUGAAGUCAUUCCUGUGCCCAUAGAGGUUCCACUAUCCCGAAAGGAUGCUGGGAGCAGCCAGGUUGGUUUUUUGUUAGGUAGCUGUGGGGUGGGUCUGGCUUUGACCAGUGAGAUCUGUUUGAAAGGUUUACCCAAGACCCCCACUGGAGAAAUAUUGCAGUUUAAAGGCUGGCCCAGGUUAAAGUGGGUAGUGACGGACUCCAAAUACCUCACGAAGCCUUCGAAAGACUGGCAGCCUCACAUACCAACAGCCAACACAGACACGGCAUACAUAGAGUAUAAGGCCAGUAAGGAGGGCACAGUGAUGGGUGUUGCGGUUUCAAAAGUUGCCAUGUUAACACAUUGCCAGGCUCUCAGUCAGGCCUGUAACUACUGUGAGGGUGAAACGCUGGUGAAUGUUUUGGAUUUUAAGAAGGACAUGGGUUUGUGGCAUGGAGUUCUCACGAGUGUGAUGAACCGAAUCCACACCAUCAGUGUUCCAUAUGCAGUAAUGAAAGCAUGUCCACUUUCCUGGGUUCAGCGAGUUCACAUACACAAAGCACGGGUUGCCCUGGUGAAGUGUCGUGACCUGCAUUGGGCGAUGAUGGCUCACAGAGAUCAGAGAGACACCAGUCUGGCCUCGUUGCGCAUGCUAAUUGUUGCUGACGGAGCCAAUCCUUGGUCGGUUUCAUCAUGUGAUGCCUUUUUAAACGUAUUCCAGGCUCAUGGUUUGAAGCCAGAGGUCAUUUGCCCGUGUGCUACAUCACCUGAGGCCAUGACUGUUGCCAUACGGAGGCCUGGGGUCCCUGGUGCUCCUCUUCCAGCGAGAGCCAUUCUGUCCAUGACUGGGCUGAGCCAUGGGGUCAUUAGGGUCAACACUGAAGACAAAAACUCUGCUCUCACCGUCCAGGAUGUGGGACACGUCAUGCCUGGAGCAUUGAUGUGCAUUGUGAAGCCGGAUGGGCCGCCCAUGCUGUGUAAGACGGAUGAGAUUGGAGAGAUCGUCGUGAACUCUCGUGCUGGUGGGAACAUGUACUACGGCCUGCAUGGAGUCACUAAAAACACCUUUGAGGUGAUCCCAGUCAAUGCUAGUGGCACUCCUAUUGGUGAAAUCCCAUUUGUGCGGUCAGGAUUACUGGGGUUUGUUGGACCGGGUAGUUUGAUAUUUGUGGUUGGUAAGAAUGAGGGCUUGCUACUGGUUAGUGGCCGUCGUCACAAUGCUGAUGAUCUUGUAGCGACGGCACUAGCGGUGGAACCAGUCAAAACUGUGUAUAGAGGAAGAAUUGCGGUGUUCUCAGUGACUGUGUUCUAUGAUGAGAGGAUAGUGAUCGUAGCAGAGCAGAGGCCUGAUGCCAGUGAAGAAGACAGCUUCCAGUGGAUGAGUCGGGUUCUACAGGCAAUUGACAGUAUUCAUCAGGUGGGACUGUAUUGUCUUGCACUGGUUCCUGCCAACACCCUGCCCAAAACUCCCCUAGGGGGCAUUCACAUCUCAGACACCAAGCAACUCUUCCUGGAGGGAGCACUGCACCCCUGCAACAUCCUCAUGUGUCCACACACCUGCGUCACCAACAUGCCCAAACCACGUCAAAAACAACCAGUCGGUGUUGGCCCUGCCUCCAUCAUGGUGGGUAAUUUGGUUGCUGGGAAAAGAAUUGCACAGGCUGCAGGCAGAGAUCUGGGACUCAUAGAGGACCAAGACCUGGUCAGGAAGCUGUGCAUGUGGCCUACAAUGAUGCAUCAGUUCCUUACAGAGGCUUUACAGUGGAGAGCUCAAACUGAUCCUGACCAUACACUUUAUGUACUUUUAAAUGCAAAGGGAGUGGCAGUAUGUACAGCUACAUGUGUUCAGCUUCAUAAAAGAGCAGAGAAGAUUGCAGCUGCUCUCAUGGAGAGAAGUGGCAUUAACAUCGGAGAGAAUGUGGUGCUUUUGUAUCCACCAGGUAUAGAUCUGAUCGCAGCAUUUUAUGGCUGUUUGUAUGCUGGUUGUAUUCCUGUCACCGUGAGGCCUCCACACCCACAGAACCUCUCUGCCACUCUGCCAACUGUACGCAUGAUCAUUGAUGUCAGCAAGGCUGCUUGCAUUCUCACUACUCAGGUUUUAACGAAGAUUCUCAGAUCUAAAGAAGCAGCAGCUACAGUCAACAUAAAAACAUGGCCCAUCAUAAUAGACACAGAUGACUUGCCUCGCAAACGACCUCCCACAAUCUACAAACCGCCCAAUGCUGAGAUGAUCGCCUAUCUGGAUUUCAGUGUCUCAACCACAGGCAUGCUGACAGGAGUGAAGAUUUCUCAUGCGGCGGUGAGCGCUCUCUGUCGCUCUAUAAAGUUGCAGUGUGAGCUGUACUCCUCUCGCCAGAUCACCAUCUGCCUUGACCCCUACUGUGGACUUGGUUUUGUGCUCUGGUGCCUUGCGAGUGUAUAUUCAGGUCAUCAGUCCAUCUUGAUCCCUCCUAUGGAGCUGGAGAGCUCGCUGACCCUGUGGCUAGGCACGCUCAGUCAGUACCGCAUCAGAGAUACCUUCUGCUCCUAUUCAGUCAUGGAGCUCUGCACCAAGGGCCUAGGUGGACAGACAGACAUGCUGAAGGCACGUGGAGUGAAUCUGUCAUGUGUGAGGAGCUGUGUGGUGGUUGCUGAGGAGCGUCCACGCUUGGCUCUCACACAUUCCUUCUCCAAGCUGUUCAAAGAUCUUGGACUCUCCAUGCGGGCUGUCAGCACUGCUUUUGGGUCGAGAGUUAACCUGGCCAUCUGCCUGCAGGGUACCACAGGACCAGACCCCUCAACUGUUUAUGUGGACAUGAAGUCCCUCCGGCAUGACCGAGUGAGGUUAGUAGAGCGAGGAGCGCCGCAGUCACUUCCUCUUGUGGAGUCUGGAACAAUUCUUCCUGGUGUGAGGGUGAUCAUAGUCAAUCCAGAAACUAGAGGACCGCUAGGGGACUCUCACCUGGGAGAGAUUUGGGUAAACAGUCCCCACAAUGCAACAGGAUACUACACUAUAUACGGAGAGGAAAAUCUGCAGGCUGACCACUUCAACACUAAGCUGAGUUUUGGAGAUCCUCAAACACUCUGGGCCAGAACUGGAUACCUGGGCUUUGUCAAGAGAACUGAACUCACAGACUCCAGUGGAGAUCGUCAUGAUGCCCUGUUUGUGGUGGGCUCGCUGGAUGAAACUUUAGAAUUGAGAGGUUUGCGUUAUCAUCCAAUUGACAUCGAGACCAGCGUAUCACGUGCCCAUCGCAGCAUUGGUGAAAGUGCCGUGUUCACCUGGACAAAUCUGCUGGUGGUGGUGGCUGAACUCUGCGGAUCCGAGCAGGAUGCUUUAGACCUGGUUCCUCUGGUAACCAAUGUUGUUUUAGAGGAGCACCAUCUGAUUGUGGGUGUAGUGGUUAUCGUUGACCCAGGGGUCAUUCCCAUAAACUCCAGAGGAGAAAAGCAGCGAAUGCACUUGAGAGACUCCUUCCUGGCAGAUCAGCUGGACCCCAUAUACGUAGCCUACAACAUGUGAGUUGAGUCAUGGGCGAUACAAAGGCUUACCAGAAAGGUGCUAUGGAGCCUGGCCUCACAACUGGGAUUGGGUUCUUAUACAGACUGACUUGGCCCUGUUUUUUCAGGGAUAAGGUGUUAUUGAACAAAAAUUACAAAUGUGUGAGAUUACUGUCUUGGAGAAGGGAUAUUAUAAUAGAAUUUCCCUUUUGCUCACUCCCUUCUCCCCCAGAAAGCGCCCCCUCCCACCCCCCCUUCAACAAAAUGCCACUUACUGUCUGUCCAGUUCUUGGUCAUGAUUUAAAUUUACUUGAAUUACAUAGCUGUUUUUUUUUUUAUUCUACUCAAAUGCAUUCCUAUUCUAGCACUGUCUAGCUAGUAAUUUUCUUUUAAUUAAAAUGAGCUUAAAGCCUCAGUUUGUAAGUUUUCACCUGGGUUGUUUGAUUCCAGAAUUGUUGAUUCUGAUUCCAAAUUUUUGGAAUCAAUGGAAUCGAUUCCAGGAGUCAAUUCUCAGAAUAAGUAUAAAAGGGAGACAAAGUGAAUUCUUAAAAAGUGCAAUAUAAACUGUAAUUUAUAUGAUUAUGAUCACUAGAAUGAAUGAUAGGAGGUCUUGAUGGAUGCGCUACAAAAGACAUAAGUCGAGGAAUUAUGUAGAUUUAGCAAUAUAAAUUCUGCAUCUUAAAUAAGUGUUGUUACAACUCUUUUGGGAUGUGUAUUAGUGUGCUAAUCAAGUUAAUGAACAGACUACGACAUCAUGCCUCUGAAUCCCAACAGCGAAGAAUGGAAGAUUAGUUUCUUUUAGGAUAUAGCAUUAAAUGAUUCUGAAUAUAUACACAGAAUUGAUCUGCAACCCAGCUUAUUAAUGGUGCUGUGUGUUACAGGGCUUUAAAAUGAUACAUUUUAGGAUAGUACUGGGGUAAUAGGGGUAUUGAUACUCCCCUGGUCAUUUGUCAUUCAUCAGAUGCUUUUGUCCAAAGCAGCUUAUAGUAUACAGUACUUAUGACACAGACACAGUCCCUCCAGAGCAACCUGGGGUUAAGUGCCUUUCUCAAGGGCAGUAUUGAUUAUAGGACAUUUCUGUAACGCUCUGGUUCAUAGAAUGCCCUUACCCAGGUUAAAACCCACAGUUUCAUCCACCAUCGUUUUGGUUAACACACAAAUGUGCUACAGUGACUGCAGCCUUCAGCUCAUUUUGCUCAGUUUGCUGUCUGUUCUGGAACCAUUUAGCAUUUUAAAUCUUACCACUGGGGCUUUAAAUAAAUUUCAGAAAUGGAGCUAUUCUGGCUACAAACUUACAUAUUUUAAUUUGUUUUAGUUCUACAGUACACAAUCUACAGCUGUUCUAGAAAAAUUGCAAUGUAAUACCCAAAAGUAUAUAACUUUUUCUUCUUUUAGAUUUGCAAUUUGUGCAAUAUAUAUAUUACACUGAAAAACUUAAUUCCCUCAACCCCACAAGUUCAGCAUGAGGAUAAUCAUCCCUAUUAUUUUUUUUUAUUAUCCUUUAUGCACUUUAUUAGAUAAAUUCAGAUACAUUCUGUAACAUGGAUUAUUAAUAUCUGUCAACAAGGGCAUAUGUGUAGUAUUAUAUAAAUACUUGCAUUACUGAGUAGCAUAUGACUUAUACAAAAACACAUUUUUAGGGCUUAGUGCCCAGUCUAACCUCAGUACCUACAUUUACAAAUCACACAUUCCUUGAGUUUACUUUUCAACAUAAAACAGACAAGAACAAGACAAGAACAUUCACCAACUGCAAACCUCAUCGUCGCACUAAGCCCAAACCAAACCCAGACUGAGGUACGUAUAGCUCUGUUUUUGCUCUCAUCUAAAGGUGCUUAUACAAUUCAGGACAAGCCAUUUAAACCUCUGAAUGGCAAAAAAGGAAUUCAGGCAUCUGUACAAUAAAAUAAAACAACUGUAAAAUAACACGACUCUGUACAAGCAAGCCCCUUGUGAACACCUAACUGUACAAAGGCAUCGAUUUUACAUGUUUGGCAAAGGAUCUUUAAAGGACAGUUGCUGUCUCCUGUACUAUAGACAUUUUUACUAGGAAUGACUAACUUCUUGUAAAAUUAUUGCUUGUGUACAGAUGUGAAAUUCUACUGUACUGUAAGUUAGUUGCUGUAUUCUGUCAGAUUUUUGGAUUAAUAUUAACUACUGUCAUUGACAUCCCUUCGUAGCUGAGUGGGGGUUGAAGACUUGUAAAUAGCUCGCUCUGUUUCUGUUUUUUCUUUUCUGGCUGAUCAGAAAUGUGAUGGGUUGAAGUCUGUCUGUCAUGCAUUUCUAUUUAGAAUUCAGAUUCAGAAAUCUUACGGUAUGUACAAGCCUUUAAGAUGUAAGCAUGAUAAAGUCAAGCAUUGUGGGGGCUUGAAAGACUAUUUUCAGAGUCCUUACACAACUGACCACUACAGUAUGUUAGCCUGAGCUCAUUCUGGGGUUGUACUGUAUAUGUAUGCGUAUGUAUGGUCACUGCGUUGAAAAGUCAUGUGUUUGCUGAUGAGUUCCACAAUACCUUUUCCCAAAUCAGAGACGCUGUCAUGAAAUGUAUUCUUUCAUACUCACUGUCAGAGCUGAGCUUAUGUGAUGAAAGCACAAGCGAGUGAAUGAGCUUUUUACAUGAGGCAUUCAGGGAAAUAGUGCUUUCCAGGAUGGAGAGGAUAUUCAUUUAUAAAUAUUCACUUUCACGUUUGGCAAUGAUUUUGUUCUUUAAAUAAAAAUGAUUUAUUUGUCAUUUACAUAAGUGUUAACCAAGUCUUAAUAUGGACAAGAAACAAAACAAAGAAGACAAUUAGACAAAGUCGGUUCAGUUAAUUGAUAAUCUGUUGUGCCAGCUGAGUGCUGGAAACAAAAGAAAUGUUUUGCACACUAUGCAACCAGCUGCAGUUACAAAGGACACAUCCGGCAAAGCAACGUGCACACUUCACCACUAUACAAGAAAUAAAAUACAGAUUAUUUGCUUGCUAUGAAAUGAGAACAUGCAACAAUAACUUGACUUUUUUUUGUUUAGGCAAUGCAUAUUACUUUUCUGUGUUGAUUAAAACUUUGUUCAAUUCUCAUAGCAUUUUUAAUUACAAGACUAAGAGAUCACAUUCCAAUUAUAAGAUUGUGAUACGAUUUCUUUUAGUCAUUCAUGGAUAUAAAUGAAAGUCGUGAUUAUGCAAGCAAGCAUUUUCCUGUUGGUUCACAUCUUUCUUUUUUGUACAUUGGUUAUUGUAACUGUUUUAUACUCCAAUGAAAACCACGAAAAAAAUAAUAAAAGGCUUUUAUUUUGCA